AUGGACAAACAUUCAACGAAAAGAUUAUGGAAGGCUGCUAAGAAACAGUUUCCCCUGAGUCGGGUCCUUGCUCAAAGAAUUUUCAAAUCCACUGUCCAUGCCACUGUCUCGCUCAUUUUUUGUCUGAUACCGCAAAUCCGCAAUCGUUUAGGCAACCAGCCAGCAAUGCUGCCUUUAAUAGCCGUGAUUGUUCAUCCAGGCCGCAGAGUCAGUGCAACUAUUCAGGGGGCAAUCUACUGUACUACAGGACUACUGGUGGGUCUGGCUUAUGCUCUAUUUGGUCGAGUUCUCGCCCAAAAAUGUCUUGGCUCCACUUGGCACUCUGUGAAAGAAUCGGAGCACUAUACUCAUAGCUACAUGCGGUAUGAAGCAGCAUUGGCGGUUCUGGCUGUGUUUGAGGUCAUUAUGCUUUUCUUCCACGGUUGGAUGAGGUCCGUAUCGCAUCAUUACUUUGGCAUUGUAUUCCCAUUGUUUCUGGUGGUUCAUUUCGCUUUCAUGGCCUCACUUGAUCAAACAGCAGGCACAAUAGCCGAAGCCUUUAGUGUGCCCUUUUAUUUGGGAAUAGCAAUGGCCAUUUUUUGGAAUUUGGUGCUCUUCCCCGAAUUUGGAAGCACUUAUCUCGGUAAUAGUACGGUGGACGCACUGAAUGAAAUUCACAAAUCGGUCGACUCAGCGCUGAAUUUUUUCAUUUCCAUCGACGUUCAGGAUGCAAGCAAAUCGCUGUACUCGGAGCAACCUAUAUCGCUUGCAAAGCUCCUAAAUUUGAAAAAGUCCAUUGACGCCAAGAUCUCCAGUUGCACGUUAGUUUUACAAGAGUGCAUUUAUGAGGUUUCUUACUCUUACGUGUCUCCCUCUGACUUGAAGCCAGUCAUACAGUCCUUUUCAAACUUGUCGAAGUACAUCAACGCUCUCAUUAACGCCUGCCAAUUGGAGUUUUUAUUGGUGGGUCGUCGCACAAAUGAGGACAUGGAGCCAAUGGAUAUUAAGUUGGACAGGGAAAUCCAAUACGCGGACGCUAAAAAGCUGUUUGAAGUUCUGAGACGGAUGAAAGAGCCUAUCUUCGGCCUUCAUAAGACGUUAAGUCAGUCUUUAUUCUUGAUCAAAGCAAUGCUGGCGUAUUCUUAUGACGUAAAGCUCGAAAAAGUCCAAGGUGCUACGAUCUUUCCCCAGCAAGCUGAUAAUUCCGAUUUGAGCAAAGAUUAUUUGGAGCAGCUUGAUAUCGGUGCCAUGAUCCAAACUCUAGUUGAUGCGCUGAUCGAUUUUGAUCUGCAAGCGCGCGAAGAACUGAUUCACUUAGAUGAAAGCCUUCUUGAGCCUAAUGAUGAAAUGUUUCUGUUUUCCUCUUUUCUGCUGAAUUUCAAAGAAACCACUCAUUCGGUGACCACUAUGAUAAAGGAAGCUCAUGUAAUUUACCAACGCAGAAAAUCAAAAGAAGCAAAAGGUCCUUUGAGGGGUAAAACCUUAUGGGUGAACUUUUUGAGCAAUUACAAAACUUUCAAGACGUGGAUUACCGGUGCAACUAGCAGCAACGUUACAGAGUCACAAAGUUUGACCGGUGGAGCUAUUGCUGAUAAUUACAGGCCACCUGCUGACAUGGGGAUCAAACGACCUGUGGGUGAAGAACAGGCUCUUUUGGCUCAGCGAAAAACUGAUAUUGUUGACAUUGCGAAGAAAGAGCUUAGUUUGCCCACCACCAAUAGAGACCAAGGCGGAUCAGACGGAACUUCAGAACCUUCUGUGCUUCUUGGUGAUUCGAAGUCAGUUGUUAUGAGGCCGGUGCUCACCGCGGUAUUGAUUUUCUGUCACGAUUUUUACUCAAAGUAUCAGGACCACUUCAGAUUUGGGCUUCAAGUCACUAUUGCUUUGAUGCUUACCUCGUUUCCUAUGUUUAUACCAAAGACCAGGGAUUGGUACGAUAAAAUGCGAGGAACUUGGUUUGGUUUCGUCGCUAUCUUGGCGAUGGAGCCGUCAGUGGGCGGCACUUUUUGGGUUUUCUUUCUCAGAGGAGUAGGAGUAAUUCUAGGCGCAGCUUGGGCUUACGUCUCAUAUCUAGCUGGCUGCAAUCAGACCAAUCCUUAUCUCGAAGUGAUCAUAACAAUUUUCGGGGCCGUUCCUGGCUUCUAUUACUUUUUAGGAACUCCCUACGUCAAGGCAGCUAUCAUUCAAAUUAUUAGCAUAUACGUGGUGAUGCUAGCUGCGAUUAUUCCGUCUGAGAACCAGGGUUCGAUUCUUUCUAAUUUUGCAAAGAGAUGCCUAGCGGUGGGAUACGGUGGCGGGAUAGCAGUUUUAGUACAGGUCACAAUGUUUCCAGUGACAGCCAGGGAGCAGCUGAAUGGUGAAAUUUCUUUUGUCGCAGGAUGCAUAUCGGAGAUGCAGAUUCUCUUAGCAGCCGGUCUUGAAGGGGAAACAUUGAAAUCGACUUUGCCAGAAGAAAGAUAUCAGCGGCUGGCUAAAAUUUCAGCCAGCGCUAAAUCAGCGCUUGGCAGGGCUACCUCAUAUAACGGUUUGACACGCCAAGAGCCCAUACUUAGAGGCGAAUACACUGAAGUUGAAAAAGUCUUCACUCAAAUGAUAUACAUCGAAAGACAGAUCAUUGAUCGCAUGGAUAAUAUCAUACUUUUGCGAAAGCAGUACGGGAGUGCCGUUGUUGAUGAACUGAAUAGUAUGGUCUAUCCUUACCGGCGACAAUAUGUGGCCUCAAUUACAUGUUUGAUGAGAGCUGUACAAGAAGCAGUGCGUAACAAGACACCAUUGCCCCAGUUCCUACCGAGCGCAAGAAUUGCUCACAGACGGCUUGUUAACAAAGUGCAAAGCACGCUGAAAACAAGAUACUCUUCUCAAAUGAGCAGUUUGAAACCGAGAACAAUGAUUGAUCCUUUCAGGAGCAGUCAAAACGAUCUCGACAGCGAAGAUGCACUAGUUGUCAAAAUGCCUUCCAAAAGAAGAAUGUCAUUACCACCACACCAAUACAUCAUGAAAGAAAAAUUUCUGAGCUGGAAUGCUACAAGCGCUGCUUCUGAAGAGGUGAUUGAAUACGUGGAAGAGCUAUUACAAUUGACCAAAAUAAUUGUUGGCGUAAACGAGUUCAAAUAUGGGUUUUUAUCUAGGCCCCUUUACGCAGAUUGGGCUGCCGAGGCCGCUGUAAAUUUUGAUGAGUUCAUUGAGCAAUCCAGGGGCGCUCAAAAAAAGGAUUCUAAGCGGGCGCUGAAAACUGAGCACGUCGGAGAUAACAACUCGGUCACAUCAGUGGGCUCGGACGAUGAGCUUGAAAGGGCGGCAGACUUCGAAGAGCAUCAACCAAUCGCCAUGGACGCAAAAUCUACCAACUCGAGCGGCGAUCCCGAUCAGGUUGAUUUGGCCAGUAUUGCGUCGCACAAGAGCGAAGUGCCAUCUUUGCCGUCCAAAUUUCGGAGAAGAUUUUUCUCUAUUGCAUCUAAAGGGGACACAGGUCCCAACUUUCACUUGCUGUCAAAAACAAGAACUUUGGGCGGUAAUGAAAUGGCGAAAUACGCUGAAAUUGACUCUGAUUCUGAUGAAGAGUUGCCUUUGGCCCUGAAGAAAGUGAUCUUGAACAGAAGAAGUUGA